AUGUGCCGGCGAGUGUACAAGGGGAUCCCCCUGCAGGUGCGAGGCCAGGUCUGGUCCCUGCUGCUGGACGUGGAGAAGAUGAAGAAGGAGAACGAGGGGAAGUACGAGCACAUGAAAGAACAAGCCAAGAGCUUUUCCUCAGAAAUCAAGCAGAUCGACCUGGACGUGAACCGCACCUUCCGCAACCACAUCAUGUUCCGGGACCGCUACGGCGUGAAGCAGCAGGCCCUGUUCCACGUCCUCGCCGCCUACUCCGUCUAUAACACCGAGGUGAGCUACUGCCAGGGGAUGAGCCAGAUCGCAGCCGUCCUGCUGAUGUACCUGAACGAGGAGGACGCGUUCUGGGCGCUGGCCCAGCUGCUGACCGACCAGCGGCACGCCAUGCACGGUUUUUUCAUUCCUGGGUUCCCGAAGCUGCAGAGGUUUCAAGCCCAUCACGAGCAGAUUUUAAGCAAACUGUUUCCCAAGCUGAAGAAGCACAUGGACAAGGAGCAGAUGACCACAGGGAUCUACACGACCAAGUGGUUCCUGCAGUGUUUCAUUGACCGGACGCCCUUCACCCUCACCCUGCGGCUGUGGGACAUCUACAUCCUGGAGGGA